AUGGUAACCCCUUCGCUUCUGCAUAAUCUAAACCUCCCUCUUCUCUUCAACCCUAUUCUCUCACACCAAAGCCCUAUCUCUUCAAUCUCUCUCAAACCUUCACUACCCCGCUGUUCAAAUUCCACCAUUGUUCGCGCUCCUUCUUCGCCACCUCCAAUUCGCAUCAAACCCUACACAAAAAUCGAAGCACAGCAUGCCCUACAAGAAUACCUUUACAACACUCAAUGUUACACUUUCAUAGACGCUGAAUUUAUCGCCAAAAAUUCUCCGCAUUUCAUUCAUCAACUCAUCUCCAGAGUCAGAGUAUACAACAGACACUAUGCUUUUGAUUUUCCUCGGGCUCUCAGAAGGUAUCUUAUGUAUCACCCUAUUAAUGAAUUUGAACCCUUUUUAGAGAGUAUAGGGAUUCAUCCAAGGGAAUUGAACUUACUUUUGCCUAAAGAUUUGUUUUUUCUUCGUGAUGAUAGUCUUUUGGUUGAUAAUUUUCAUGUUUUGUUUAAUCAUGGGGUUCCGAGGAAUAGGAUGUGGAAGAUUUAUAGAGAAGCAAGAGAGGUUUUUGGGUAUGGGAGUGGCGUUUUGUCGAAGAAAUUUGAGAGUUAUGAGAAUUUGGGGUUGAGUAAAUCUUCUGUUGCGAAGCUGUUUGUUUGCUGUCCAUUGCUUUUAGUUGGCGACGAGGUUGAUCGUCAAUUUGUUGUUGUUCUUGAUUGGUUGAACAGAAUUGGGAUUGAUAUCGGAUGGUUUGUGAAUUGUAUGUGGCCCUCGAGAACAUAUAGAUGGAAAGCGAUUAUUGAUAGUAUAGAGUUUUUUCGUCAAGGGGGAUGUUCGGAGAAGCAAAUGUAUGAUUUGUUUAAGGCGGAUCCGAAAUUGUUAUUGGAGGGUUUAGGAAAGAGGAUGUAUUUGGUUAUAGGCCGGUUGGUUAAGUUGGGUCUUGACGUGAAUGAGAUUUGUUUUUGUUUUCGAGAGCAUCCUGAUAUAUUGUCAAGUCGGCGUAUGAAAAAUUUGAUGUCGGUGAUUGCUUUUAUGUAUAAUAUUCGAAUGGAACAAGAAGAGACUACUCGUGUUUUGUAUAACUACAUGCAUAUCCUUAGCAAACAUUCAAUAAAAGGUCAUACAACUAUGUCUAAAGAGUUAGGAGUUGGAAAAGGUGAUUUACGUGAAAUGAUACAGGAUGAUCCAUUAGAAUUUUUUAGUUUGGCUGUAAAACUGAAGCAGAAGAAGGAUAAAAAUGAGUUCUACUAUGACCUGCAUUUGGGGAAAACAAGUUUCUUGCGGAAACUGGGGUAUAAUGAUAACUCUGAGGAGAUGGAAAUAGCUAUGAAGAUGUUUGAAGGGAAAGGUGAUAAGUUACAAGAGAGAUUUGAUUGUCUGGUUGAAGCUGGUUUGGAAUAUGACACUGUAGUUGGAAUGGUAAAGCGAGUUCCUGGGAUUCUGAGCAUUAAGAAAACUGUAAUGCAAAAGAAGAUUGAUUUCUUAAAAAACACUUUAGGUUACCCGAUAGAGUUUCUCGCGAGAUAUUCAAGGUAUUUUUUCCAUAAUUUGGACAAAAUAUUUGCAAGAUUUGCAAUGUACAAGUGGUUGAAGAAGAGGAAUGUUAUAAAUCGCGAGUUAUACUUGAGUACCAUAAUUACACCUUCUGAGAAACAGUUUCUAGAACUCUUUGUGAAUACGCAUCCUGAAGGUCCAACAGCUUGGCAAACUAUAAACAGUUUAUCUAAAGAAUUUAAGAAUUAA